UUGCAUCCCAUAUUCAUUAUUCUUUAUCGCUAUUUGGUCACACCAUUAAUGAAGAAGGUGGAAAUAAAUACUAAGUGUCAUUGUUCUACGUUAACAUAUAGGAAAACUGAAUCGCGACUUUAGUCAGAUUUCUGAUCAAUAUGUUCGCCAGCAAAUUGUUGACCUGCUCGGCGUUACUAAUAAUAUUAUUGCUAAGCAAUGCAGUGUUCUCUCAAAAAAGUAUAAGCUGGCCGAAUGUCGAUAUAAAGGUUAGUAAUGCGUUUCUGGAACAAGCAAACCCAUUGGCCAGCAGAUCCUCAACUACCCCAACGUCUUCGACAACUGAGAAAUCAAUCACAACCAUAUCAAGUUCUACAAUAACUCCAACGACAUCCAACAUAACUUCAACCGAACCACCUACGACCACUGCACCAGUGAUAAGCACGACAAUUGCUCCACAACCAUAUCCGCCACCAUCCGUGGGGACUUGGAAUACCUCUUGUAUUAUGCUUCAAAUGGCGGCACAACUUAAUUUUUCCUAUGAGGCUAAGGGGGGAAACAUUACCAACGGCUUAUACAAUAUCCCCAGCAACGCAUCUGUUGAAGAUUCAGAAUGUAAAAGCCAGACUACUCAGUUCAUUCAUCUGAUUUGGGGACCUGAAACUUCAAAGCAAUCAUUACUAAUGUAUUUUGAUAAAAGUAAUGAUACCACUGUGCUUUCCUCUAUACAAAUUCAUCUGACUUUGCUGCCCGAGGACUUUACCGAUGCGAAGGAAAAUCAAACGGUUCAGCUUCUUCAUAAGAGCGACGGAGAGUUUAAGACACCCGAAAAGAUGUCCUACCACUGCACUCGCGAUCAGAAGAUGAACAUGACUGAGACACUCGAUGCUAAACAGUUGAUUGGCUGGAUCACCGUCAGUCGCGUCCAGGUGGAGGCUUUCCGGAUGGCCAACGACACUGGCUUCUCAGUUGGCCACGAUUGCGACAGCUCUGAAACGUCGGAUGUGGUACCCAUUGCUGUUGGGAUUGCAUUAGCUGCACUAAUUUUGGUCGUUUUAAUAUCUUAUCUGUGUGCUAGGCGUCGUUCCACCUCUCGCGGUUACAUGAGCUUCUAAGAAAAGAACAUCAGCUUAUUUGAGCGGGUUGGGAAUUAAAGGAGUAUGGAAAGCAAAUCUUUAGAGAGAAAUUUAAGAUUGAUUUUAAUAAUUGAAAGCAAGCAUUGAUUAGUUGAAGUUAAAGUGGCUUGAUUUUUUUUUAAGGGGGACAUUAAUGAUCACCAGGCGCAAUUGAGUUUAGAGUAAUACAUUAUUUCUUUUAAAAGGAUUCUAUGUCUCUUUGUAAGUGUCCUUUAUUUCUUGUAUGCUCAUAUUUGUCUUUUAUUUAACUUUCUUCAGAAAUGGAAAAGUAAAAGAAGUAAACAUUUUACCCAAUAAAUAAAUCAAUCUCCUUAAUGUACCUACCUUGUUAGCAGCAAAAAGGUGAUUUGAUUGAGGAUACUAUUAUUAUUAAGGUAUUAACCAACAAGUAUAUAUUGUAUUCAAAAAGUAAAAUGUUAUAUUUUUUAACCAUUAUUAUUGGGGCAUAGAAAUGUGUGUAUUAAUGGCCUUAAAUCUGUAAUAAAUAAUAUUUAAAACCAAA